AUGGUUGAUCCUGAAGUAAGGAUCCCAUCUUCAGUGGCCAAACAGACCAAUAGAAUAGUAGAGGUGAUAAGAGAGACACCUUCUCCAUGGAAAGUGAUCCUUGGGGCCAGCAAGAUUCCCAAUGGCCAAAACAUCAAUAACAACCUCAGAGAUUUUGAAUCUGUAGAGGCCAAUAGAAACCCAGGCCAUUUCCAAACAUGUCCACAGCGCUCAAGCAGCCCAGCUCUAAAACCAAAGGUGCUGAGAGAGGCUGACUUCAAAUCCAAUAAGCAGCUACAGUCAUGGCCUACUAGACUCCUUCCAGACAGUCAAAGCUCUGUGUGCCCCACCACAGUCAGUUUGCCUACACAGCACUCAGUUCUCAGAUUCCAAAAUAGAUCCCAAAAUCCCAAGACUUCUCAGAGCCUAUGUGAUGUAUUCAAGAGGAGAAAUCAUGGCCAAAAAGCUCAGAAGCUCAGUGUCCCCAAGGAUAAGAUUCAAGCAAGUAAUCACAAAAUAUUUCCUCCCAGUGAAGAGAGAAAUGAAUGUAUGAGAUCCAGAGCCAAAAGCCAGGGAGAAAAUCUUGGGAGAAUGGGGCUCUCCCAAGCCUGGGGCUUCAAUAGCUCUACCCAAUCCCAGGAUACAGUCAUUACUGAGAGUCAGCCCCCCCCUGAUAUGCUGGAAAUCAAACAGGCUUCUACAGGAAGCUUUCUGAAGAAAAUAGUAAGGAAUAUUCUACAACAUCUCAACCUCAGCACCAAAGACAAGGAUCAGGGGGAUUCUCUGAAGAAUGAAAGCACCCCACCAUCUAUACAGACUCAGGAGGUAAUCACAAAAGAGACGCUCAUCUACAAUACGACAGCAAGAGUGCAAUCUCUCAUGAAUGCUGUGACACAGGUCUUGAUUGACAGGCUGGGCCUUGAUAUAGAGGAACCACCAAAGGUACAAUGGUGUAAACUGGAAUCACUAACAUCUCCACUUGGUGUCUCUUCCCACUUUUCUGAGGGUAUCUAUGACACAAAGAAAAGCAGAACAGUGGGAAGAAUGAGCUUUGGUCCCCACACCAGUUCCAAAGGACACAACCAUCCACUCAGAGACAGGGGAAUUGGAGACAAAUAGCAGUUGAGUGUUGAUGCCCAGAAAGCCUGUGAUAAACAUCAGAACAGAAUGAAGAGAGGAAUGGACUUCAACCAACUCCCCACCCUCAAGGGGAAGACCCAUCCAUUCCUGUACAGGAGAACUGGAGACAAGCAGCAGUCAGGCAUAGCUAGCAAAACAGCCUGUGACCUUGAUCAAAUUAAAGUGAAGAGUGGAUGGGCUAUUGUUCACAUAGCAACCCCAAGGGGCACAACCAACCAUUCUUAUACAGAGAAAUUGAAAACAAACAACCGUCAGGUGUUGUUCAUAGAGCCUGUGACCCACAUCAAAGUACAAAAAAAGUAA